UGGGAAACCCACCCACUCGACCGAAGCCGGGACGAAAGCUCACGAUUCCGAAGUUUGACAAGGGCAAUCAAAAAGAAUGGAUAAGCUUCGGAUACCAGUCGGUGCUAUCCUGCUUGCCCUGAUUUUGGUGACCACCGGCGUGGUCGUGGCGCCGCUCUGCGUCUACUUGUUCUCUGGAACGGCUUCCGCCGGUGACGUCGUCAUCGGCGUCGUGCGCCGCGAUAUCGAAAGGAGCCUCGCCAGCAACGUCAUCAGCUUCAGUUCCAACUGCCUCAAUGUCAUUCAUGACCUGGAGCACGGCACGGCCACAGGAAGCUACAUGGAUCGGUUCUUGGCGAAUCGAUCCAGCCGUAUGAACGACCCGCAGUAUGAUCAGGAGGUCAAGCUCGAAGUUAUGCAUAUCGCCAUGCGAAACAAUGCCGCUGCAGGGUUUCUGGUCAAUCGUGACACGAUAUGGGGCGAGACCGUCUUCUGCGGGGGAAACAACACACUUGCGCGGUUCUGCGAUUAUCCCAUCAACGAAACCGUUCAAAUCUGUGACAACGGUUCUGGGAUGAUCGUAGGCACUGGGCUAGAUGAGCGCGUCACGCUCGACGUGCUGGUCUCCAUCCCGACGAACCCACAGGCGUCGAGAAACGACGUGCCGGCAACCCCCAAAGUCAGAUGGAAAUCACCAAACUGGUUUGUCUGGCACAGCAACGACGGCAACAAGGCAAACGUUAAAGUGGAGGCGGGUUUGGCGUGCCAAAAAGCCCUCUGGUUAACCAAGCCCCCUCCGAAAGCCCCACCCUACACGCAGAAUUAUGAUUUUCUCUUGGUUGGGGUGUUGGACAUCAAGCCGCUGGUUUCUAUGUUGAGAGCGGUGCAGGCAACGCCGAACACAAUCAUCGCAAUGAUUGACUAUCGUGGUAGGACGUUGGCUACGAAUCGAUUAGACUUGGGACUGAAUGAAGCAGGCGACGGCCCCGCGUUGAUAUCCUCCAUCGGAAGCGUGCCGCUGCAGACGAUCAGCAACGCCACGAUCGCCCGCUAUUCCAACUGGACGAACAUCCCGAGCGCCGUAGAAUUUGCCGUGAAAGUCGAAGGCGAGAAAUACUGGGCUGCCCUGCGUUCAAUCAAGGACGAUUACGGCUUUGAGAUCAUCUUAUGCAUGGGCAUACCACAGUCCGACCUCUUGCGCCCUUUGAUCCAAGCCAGGAACGCUGCGAUCAAGUCCGUCUGUAUCACCGGCGCAUGCAUGGUCGCCAUCGUCGCGCUGGUGAGCUACCUCGUGACGCUGCCUCUGAAGCGGCUUUCAAGCGCCAUGCGAAAGGCCAAUCAGUUCGACUUCUCCGCCCUCCGUAAAGUGCCUCACAUCCACCGGUGGGGAUUCAAAGAAGCCGCCGAGACCGAGACCGCUUUCUACACCAUGGUACGAAAGUUUGCGAACGAAAUUGACGAACACAAAGCGUUCAUGGCCGGGCAACGGCGCUUGUCGCUUGGGCCUAUUCGUGAAAUACAGCCGCGGGGAUCAUCGGGAACUACUGGCCCGUCCACUGGCUCGCCCCUGUCGCCCCUCGGGUAUCCACCUGUCAGUUCGCCUCCAGAUACAGGUUCCCCCGUCGGAGACACCAAGGGAGGAACGGACGAUCCGAGCGCUGCGUUGCUUGCGUUGCGGCCGUAGCGCUUUCUUCCUUGCGGUAUCAAGAUUCGAAUGCCGCUCGGGGUUUUCGCCAUCAUUUCGGCAGUAAAGCCCGAUUCAUAUAGGCAACCGACAGCUAGAGGGACGCCCACAUCCUUUUAAACAGCCGGCGUUUGAAUGUCGCGUAUGUACAAAUGGACUCUUUAUACAGUACCAAGUAGUGUAUGCAUUCACAACGCUUCGUCGGAACGGCGGAAAUCGGAGUUUUUCAAUGUAUUCAUUUCUUCCGUCAACAAGUUGAGAAGGCUUGCAGUCUAAUACAUGAUCCAGGUGACAUUUAUACAGGGAGGGGGUGGGGUGAAAAGCUUCGCGAACACCGGAAGCUGAAGAACACACCAAAAGGGAGGAGGCGGGUUAUGAAGAUGAUGUAUUGAGGCG